UUGUUAGUUUAGUGGUUGGCCAGUACCACAUCCUAACCAACCUGGACCAAGAGGCCCCAUUCUCCAAAUGCAAAAAAAUUGAGAAGUGGGAGGAAAGAUCGAUGCAUUCUACCAUUCAAAUACCACUCCUUCUCCAAGCACUCAUCUCUAUGCCACACCAUGGGCAAGGUGAUUAACAUCACAAGGAGAUCUAUUCAUGCAUUCUUCCAGAGCUACCACUCCUUUGCCUCAACUGCUGCCCUCCUGGUCUUCCCCGUCGCGGCGGCCACCCUCCUCUCCCAGUCGCUUACUCUCUCCUCUUCCCCCAUCCUCCGAACAAUCUCUUCCCGCCUCCGGUUGCUCUUCGAUGCCGCCGGUUUCCCCGCCUCCUCCCAAUUCUUCUCCCUCCUCAAUUUCAAGCUCUCCCAGGUCAUUUUAACAUUCAUCUCCACUCUUCCUUUCACCCUCAUCUUCCUAAUCCUCGCCAAAGCAUCUGUUGUCCAAAUCCUCCAUGAAUUCCCUCGUCGCAGGCUCGCACCGCCGCCACUCUCCUCUCUUCUCCAUAUUUAUCCCUCCCUCUUGCUGACUUACCUCUUCAAUUCCUUGGUCAUCCUCUCCGCUAAUGCCGCCAUCUUCUCGAUCCUUUUGGUAGCCUUCAACGUUGCGGACAUCCUCCACCUUUCCUCAAACAACUCCAUCCUAGUCUUCUCUGCCGCAAGUGUCAUUCUAUAUUCCAUUGUCAUUGCCAACACCAUGGUGGCAUGCAACCUAGCAAUUGUCAUCUCCGCCAUGGAAGACAGCGGCGGCUAUCUCUCCAUCCUCAAGGCCCUUGUGCUCAUCAGAGGUAGGACGGCAACCGGCAUAACACUAGCUCUGCCUGCGAGUCUGGGCAUGGCUGCGGUAGAAGCGUUGUUUCAGUACAGGGUGAUGAGACCAUACCAUCUGUUGCGCAAAUUUAGUCCAUCAGUCAUCUGUGAAGCCUUCUUGAUCGCCUACAUAUAUUCGCUCCUCAUUGUCCUCGACACGAUCAUCACCUGCAUGUUUCUGAAGAUCUGCAAGGCAGAAAGUGGAUCCUAUUGGAAUGGAUACGAUUAUAGAACAGAUAGCGAACCAGAAGCCAAGGGUGCUCUCCAAGCUUAAUGCUUAGCAGAUCCUGCUCUCUCUCUCUCUCUCUCUCUCUCUCUUUAUUUAUGUCCCUGCAAGAACAUAAGUUUCAGCUAUGUAAGAGUAUUUUUACUGCUUCAAAUGCAUGAGUUCCACAGAUGUGGCAUCAAUGCAACAAUGUUAGCUUGCCAGAGAUUAAAAAAAAAAAUGUACAGGAAACUUUAUAAUGAAAAAA